CCGUCGAUGUGCAAGAAGAGGAUUGCUCCAUUGCGCAUGCGUGGAAAUGUCACGUUAGCUUGCCGCACAACAUUUGCUGCACUCUCGCCUUUUAACGACCCACAUGGCUUCCUUACGGUGAGGCAUUAGCUCCGGAGAGAGUACGCCACGGCCAAACGACAGCGAAAUAAUGACAGCGAAUGAGGAUCAAGAGAUGGAGUUGGAGGCUCUUCGCUCCAUCUACGAGGGCGACGAGUGUUUUAAAGAACUGAGUCCGGUUUCCUUUCAAUUACGGAUAGGAAACCUGCAGGACUCUAAAGCAUUCAUCUUGGACAUUGCGUGGCCAGAGACGUACCCCGAGACCGGUCCCCAAAUCUCCCUGGAUGGCUUUUUUAACAACCGAAUCGCUAUGGAAACCAAGCAGCUCAUCCUGUCCAAGCUGGAGGAACAAGUGGAGACGAAUCUGGGCGACGCAAUGACGUACACCCUGUUCGAGUGGGCCAAGGAGAACCAAGAAGCCCUGAUGGAGAACCACCGACCCGUGGUCACCGCCGUGACUUUAACGUCCAGCGGCGAAGCGACGCCGAAUUCCACAGAAGCCAAAAAGAAGGAGAGGAAGGAGCAGCUCACCAAAGCGCAGAAGAGGAGGCUCAUCAAUCGGACAGAUAACAAAGGGGAGCUGCCAAGAGGUUGGAACUGGAUUGACGUCAUUAAAGUACGUACAAUUCCAAUGUUCAUUCAUGUGAUUUUAAACAUGAAGUGCAAUUCAUUUUUUUGUCUCAUCUUGUUUUUUUCCCCCGUUGUUACGACGAACAUCCAGCAUCUGAGUAAAACGGGAGGCAAAGAGGACGAUUAGGCCGCAGAGCUGCCGCGUCGCUGCCGUUUUGAAUUAGAGCGCGACGGCUUUGCAUUCACCUUGGCCGCUGCCGACCUCCAGAAAAGUGGAAUCCAGGGCAACCAAAAGGGAGGCAAAACAUUUCAGUGCAAUGUGUUCAGUGUUUCAUCAGGGUUCCUUGAAAACAUCCUCAAAAGCCAAGAAAAGGGUCUGCUCUGUUAUAAAAGUAUCCACUCUCACUGCUUGGAACCUUGAAGGAGUUGCCUUACAAAUGGAUUGUUUGUAGUAUCAUGAGACUCACUGGCAAACAAUUCCAUCAAAUUUGACUUCACUAUUUUCUUAUUUCUGUUUGACCGUAUUUUUUUUUUUAGUCUCUUCAAAUAAAACCCAAUUUGGAGGGACUUUUUCCUGAGAUGUGGCUUUAUCAUAAAUUUUUCUUUGAUUGGUGUGUGUGUGUGUGAUAUUGAAGGUGUAGAAUACCCGCCCAUUGUGCAACAAUAGGGGGAAUGUUUGGUGAAAAUAAUGGGGUAGCUUCUUGUGCAAUAGUGGCAAAACAAACAUAAGUAUGAAACCCCUUUGCAGAGAAAACUGAGGGUGUUGAAAACGGUCACUGGGCAAAGUCUGGGUCUACCAUAGUUAGGAAGAAAUGUGGGUGUUGAAAAGUUUCUCCUGAAAAUUUUCUUUUUUUGUGGGAAAAGUGUGGCUGUCAAAACAACCACAUCCACCGUGGGUUGCGAUGAAAAGUAUGGUUGUCAAAACCUUUCACCAAGUGACGCGUGUUGAAACAACCACUUACCCCCAGGCUACGGCAAAGUGCGGGUGUUUUAAUACCCACAUCCCCUGCCGAUGUAGCAAAAACACACCCAAGGUUCAACACUGGUAAACAUGCCAAUGUCCUUACUUGAGUCAACUCAUCAGCAAAGCUAAGAAAACAACUUUAAUGUAUGAAAUUCUGUUUUUAUUGUAAUGAGUGCAUAAAUAUGUGGUACUUUACAUCAGUAUAAUCAGCGGACUGUCAAUUAUAGUCCUUGUUAACGUUAAAAUCCUCCACUAAAACUGAGGGGAUCUUUCCUUAAGGUCUGCUACUGCUUUGACUUUGGUUUAUCUACGGAGUCUGGGGAAGCUCUUUCAGGGACGUAAUCAUUGACGACGUCCAAGAGACCCCUUUUAAGAGAUUUUUCUAACCUUUUGGAAAACUCCUUUUUAAACAUGUUCUCAAAGAAGCUAUGGAUAUCAUGGACGUCCUCCACUGACUGUGUGGAUUCGGUCCUUGUGCACUGUUCCUCCGCACUGUCACUCGGCGGUAACUCGACUGAUAUGAUGGAUGAGGCAACAGAGGCCGCUGGCCCUUCGUCUGAGACAUUUUCAUGUAGAGGUCUCUCUCCUUUUCUGUCGCCGUUCGUUUUCACCCUCUUGCUCUUUCUCCGGCCAUAGUGAGUCUUCCACAUUGAUGUGACUUUUUUGAAAAUGGGCCUAAUAAUAGCUGGUUUGCCUCCAAUACAGUCUAGGAUGGCACUGGGACAGUGCUCCAGAAUUGGUUGUAUCUUCCUUGGACGCCUUAUUUUCCACCUCUUCCAAAGGGAUAUCCUGGAUUGAAGUUCUACCGGUGGUGUCUUAUCAAGGUCUGUUGUUGCUCCGGAUGAAAGUUCUUGCUCUGACAAUUUUAUAUCAAUCCCUACCACUGACUUCCUGGAUAUCGUAUCUUUGGACAAUUUAAGAUCAACUUCUCCCACUACUUUUGAUGAAGACCUCUUUGAUCUCCUGUCUUCUGACAAUUUAGAGGCAUCGAUUGUUGUCCUAGACGAAGACCAUGAUAUCCUGUCCUCUGACAAUUUAGAGACAACAACUCCUGCUUUUGAUGAAGACCUCCUUGAGAUCCUCUCUUCGGACAAUUUAUAGACAUGUAGUGCCUCUUUGGAUGAAGACUUCCUUGAUACCCUGCCUUCUGACAAUUUAUGAGCAUCUAUCGCUGCUUUCAGUGAAGACCUCUUUGAUACCCUGUCUUCGGACAAUUUAUGAACAA